UGUUUAUUUAUGAAACAGCCUGUCCCUGCAUGAUACUCAAACCAACUCCAGCAUGUAGAGAUACAAUGGUGUAGUGUCUUUCUGUUCCAUCAGAACACUUGAAAGAACCCUUUUCUUCUCUAUAUAUAUGGGAAUUGCUAAGUCAGACUGAAACCAACUCUUCCUAUAUUCGCGACAUUCUUCCGCCUUCUGCCCUAAGCAGUUCGCCUCAGCUGCUUCACUAUUUCACUCUUCUUGCAAUUCAAAAUGGGCAUGCCGAGAACCUUUCUAACGUCGCUCCUGCUUGCAACUGUGCUCUUUGAAUUAGCCAUGGCGACUAACUACGUGGUUGGCGGUCUAAACGGUGGUUGGGACCUGACCACUGAUCAGACUACUUGGACAUCAUCCCAGACAUUCUUAGCAGGAGAUAAUUUGAUGUUUCAAUACUCACCGGGCCAUGACGUAUCCGAAGUUACCAAGGCAGACUAUGACUCCUGCAAAGUGACUAGUCCCAUCCAAACUUACACGAGUGGCUCCACAGUCAUCCCUCUCGCAUCUCCUGGGAAAAGAUACUUCAUUUGCAGUUCACCUGGACAUUGUGCUGCCGGAAUGAAGCUCCAAGUUAACACUCUGACAGCUUCAUCGACUCCAUCUCCAUCUCCAUCUCCUGACACUUUGCCUCCUCUAGGACCUGUCUCAACUCCAUCACCUGUUACAGUGGUCGGUCCAGUUUUGCCUGAAUCUCCUGCCACUUCUCCCCUAGGACCUGCCUCAACUCCAUCACCUGCUACAGUGGUCGGUCCAGUUUCGCCUCCAGCUCCAGAAGCAUCUUCGCCGUUAAUGACAUCUUCAUCAAAAUCAACUCCUGCAUUGUCGCCCGAGGUUUUUAUCACUCCCCCAAGCCAUGUUUCGGCAGAAUCAGCAACUUCGUCAGCUAAAAAGGGCAGUUUUCCCACCACUCUGGCUGUGGGAUUGAGCUUUUUCAGCGUGUUACUUAUUGCCCAGAAGGCAUCUUAGAGCUACAUGUUGACCAUGGAGACUUGCAUGGUGCACUGUUCUGUGAGUUUAAUCUUUCUGUGCUUCAAUGUACCGUUGACAAGCAAAUUCUUUUAGAUUACUGUGUCUAUGCCGUUAAAUUGUUGAAUCAGAAAUUGGACGAGCUCUUUGAACAUUUUAUU